GAACGCAUCACUCUGACGUCACGCCGACCAAAGAGACGUGGCAGGCGGAAGGUUAAAUUAUCCGAGCUGUUUGAGUCGUCCUGUUUCAUUCAGCAGGAGGAAGGAGUCACAUAACUUUAGAAAAACGACCCAGUAUCAGGACUAAAAACAUGGCUUCGAACAAUGGCUCAGCUGGUAAAUGGGAGGUGGUGAAGAAAGGGAAGAAAAAUACAAGCGCAACCGGAGGAGGAGGGAAGAACCCGAGCGACAAGAAAUCCGGAGCCGGUGGACGGAAAGCCCUGGGAGAAUCUAACAUCCUGGCAUCCAGACCUCCCCUGAAGAUGUCUGAGACCAUUUAUGACAGUUUUGAGAAGAUGGCAAAGAAACAGAACAAGGAGCAGGUUCCACCACCGGCCGAGACGGAAAAUAAGAAACCCUCCUCGAGUAAACCACCCAGGAAACCCCAGCCCAGCAGCCCAGUCAGCCACGCAACUCGCAAGACCCUCGAGGAAUCUUUCAAAACCUUGGAUGUUGCGGACCUCAAGCAGCAGUUGGCUCGCAGUCAAACUCUGUUCCCAGAAAACCCUUCAGUGUGGGUCAAAGACCUGGCAGGAUACCUCAACCUCAAUCUGACUGCUCCAGAGAGCGAGCCCACGCUCAGCAGCUACGCUCACGACUACCCAUACUGCCUUGCAGGAAAAGAGCUGAAGACUGUGAUCAAAGCCCUCAUCGGACGCUGCAGUGACAUUCUGCCAGAUUUCUUGGACCACUGUGUUUAUACGAUGCUCAGGGAGAUGGACAGACAGUCAG